UGUUAACAUGAUCUCUCUUCUUCCGGUCUCGCGCUGCACGCUUUCCUUCCGCGGUUUGUGAAACGUAAAUCCAACGAGCGUUUAUUUCUGAGAGAAGAACACAAACAAAAUGAGUAAAGCACACCCACCCGAGCUGAAAAAGUUCAUGGACAAGAAGCUCUCCUUAAAGUUAAACGGAGGCCGGCACGUGCAGGGCAUCCUGCGAGGGUUCGAUCCCUUCAUGAACCUUGUCGUGGACGACUCCAUAGAGAUGGGCCCCGGAGGACAACAGAACACCAUCGGCAUGGUGGUGAUCAGAGGAAACAGCAUCAUCAUGUUGGAGGCUUUAGAGAGAGUCUGACAGAAGAGAAACAUCCACACAUUUUUACUUCCUGUUUUCAUUUUUAGUUAAUUUGUUUUGUUGAAGGCCGAGUCCUGAGCUGUAACGCAUCCUUUCUUUGAACAUGUUCUGAUUUGUGAAUAAAUCUGUUUCUUUGUA